AUUUUCUAUAUUCAUGUACUGAAUGCACCCAAUGGACUACGUCCAUUAUUGGAUUUCCACCAUUACUGUGCGUCGUAUAUGCGAGAAAAAAAGAGCGUUCCUUAAGAACAACACCGUCGUCGUGUUGGCGAACCUGCCGGCCGCCGCGAGGUCGUAAUGGCGACGUCUAGCGCGUUGUCGGGUCCGCCGUGAGUGAAUGAUGAAUCACAAAAUAGUGUUCGGUUUUCAUGUACGGAACGACAAUCAAACGAGCGGACGUUGCGUGCAUUUAUCAUUUUAACAGUGCAUCUUUGACGUGACCGCCGACAGUUCAGCGUCCCCGCCAAGAUGGAUCAGGCACCCGCAGAUACAGAAUUACGGAACAUCAUAGACAAACUGGCACAGUUUGUCGCUCGCAAUGGACCAGAGUUCGAGCAGAUGACAAAAAACAAGCAGAAGGACAACCCGAAGUUUGGUUUCCUGUUUGGGGGGGAGCACUUCAACUACUAUCAGUACAAAGUGACUACAGAGCAAGCCAUUUUAAAGCAAAAAGGAAUAAAUCCAAUGCAAAAUGCAGACCCACGUUUAAACGUUUCGCAGCAGCAGCAAACAGCCGCAAACGCCGUCUCGCAGCCACUGAAUAACGUCAAUCUUGCGUCCGGUCUGAGUACACAAAACAAUGGAAUAAAUCCGGUAGUUGGGAUCGGACCGCAAGUCGGAAGCCAGGGCGGUCCCGUUUUGCCUGGACAGAUCGGAGGCCCGGGAAAUGCAGGACCGCCGAUUGGACCGGUUUCCAGCGCCAUGGGAGCUGUGAAUCCGCCGAUUGCCGGAGUCGCGCAAGCAGUUAACAUCGCGGGUCCGCCCGCGUGGCUGCAGAAUGAGUUGGCGAAUCUACAAUCGCAGCAGACGACGUUGCAGGAACAAGUGAGACAGUCAGAACAAAAUCUGGCUGCAAGAUAUAUAAACGGAUACUUCUUCAGUGCGAGAAAAAAGUCUAUGGAUCUUCGCAAGGCAAUGGAAAGUGUUGUUGUUCCCAUGUUCUGUAAUACUUCACUAGCAGCAUCCGAAGAUCAGCUUAAUAAAUUGAAUAAAUUGUUGAGUCUUUGGGAAUCGAAGAAUAAUUAUUUUGACGAAGGCAUCAUAGAUAAGUUGAAACAACCGAAUGCAUCCUGGUCAGAUUAUCAAGCUAAUUUGGUGGCGCAACAUGCAACUGCAAUCACUCCUAUUACAACGUCGACGAAACAGACAUUUGAAAACUAUCAAGCACAGCAUCAAGCAUUCGUGAGUCAUGCACUGAGACAAAUCCAAAAUAUCGAACAACAAAAGAUUGCGAUAGAUCAACAACUAAAAGCUCCACCACCUCCGCCACCACCACCUCAAAUGAGUCAACAAAAUAUGUCAAUACCACCUAGUCAUUCUGGUCCUCCUAGUACAAUGGGUACAGAUGUAAAUUUCAGUCAGCCACCACCAGGAUGGGGUGUUCCACCCUCUAACGAACCACCACCAUUUAGUAAUGUUCCAUUACCAGAUUUCUCAAAACCACCGCCGGGUUUCGGACCGCCACCGGUUAUACAUGAACCUUCUGUGGAAGAUUUGAUGCCUAGUAUGCCUUAUUUUGAGCUUCCAGCUGGUUUAAUGGUGCCACUAAUAAAACUGGAAGAUGGCGAAUAUAAGCCAUUGGAUCCAGAUGCGAUAAGACUUCCACCGCCGGCUCCUCCGAGUGAUCGUUUAGUUGCUGCUGUAGAAGCGUUUUAUGCACCACCAAAUCAUGAUUCUCCUAGAGAUAGUGACGGAUGGGAAAAAUUAGGGUUAUAUGAAUACUACAAAGCGAAAAAUGCCGCCCGCAAACGUAAAGAAGAGGAUAUAGUUGCUGGCAUUAGACAGAGAUCCAAAUCUCCGUCGCCGAUUCUACGGCCGAGAUCCAAGAGCCCUAGUCCGCCAAAAAAACGCUAUCGGAGUAAGUCGCGCAGCAGAUCGCGUUCGCGAUCGCGAGGCAGAAGUAGAUCGAGAUCGCCUGCGGCCAAUCACAGACGCAACAGUCGCAAUAGCAACCACAUUAGCAGAAGCCGGAGGAGAAGAAAUAGUAAUAAGGAUCGCAGUCCUGAUAGGAGACUGGAUAGACAGGAUAGAAGUCCAACUCCUCCUAGUUUUCUUGGCUCUACUUAUAGUAAGGCCCCACAAGAGAUUAGUCUUGACGAAAGCAAUAAGGGACAUCAAUUGCUUAAGAAGAUGGGUUGGGGUGGUGCUGGUCUUGGCGCGAACGAGCAGGGCAUUGAAGCGCCUAUUUCAGGCGGUGAGAUUCGCGAUAAGAACGAUCAAUAUAAAGGAGUCGGUAUUAAUCUGAAUGAUCCAUACGAAACUUUCCGAAAAAAUAAAGGUCAAGCAUUCAUUACUAGAAUGAAAGCUAGAGCUGAGGAACGAGCUGAAGAGAGGGGGGAACGCGACUGAAUUAAUUGAACGAAAAUUCUAACUGUUCGCGAUAAUUUGUGAAUGAGACGAAUAUCUAAUACGAGACAGUAAAAAAAAAUCUCCAUAUUGAAAACCUAUUCACGAUUCCAAAAAAAUUCUACCGCCUAUAAAGGCUGAUUUCAAAGAUCGACAUAUUAUUUUGACUAUCAAACAGUUGGCUUAUUCUGAAUUUCCAUUGCACGUGUCAUCAAUUUUCAAAAUAAUCGCAGGCGGAUGCUGUUUGUUUUAUGUUAAAACUAUAGUGAUUAUUUUUAUCAAGAGCUAUCUUAACAAUCUCACAAUCUUACAUUUAUGCGACGAUCAGUGAGAAUUACACAGAGUUAAAUUGUACAUUUUUAAUAUAAAUAAAAUAUAAGUAAACGCGAUUAAAGAAUUUGUUUCAAAUUUAAUGUGUGAUCUAAAAAAUAAUGAAACAAAUAUUAAAUCUUGUUUACAUGAAAGUUUGACUGAAAGAUUAGCUGGAUUUGUAAUUGCAUCUCGCAUUAGAGAGAUUAUUUAAAGUCAGGAUCUUUCAGCAGAAAUAUGCGAUCCUAUUUAACAUAUUAGUUAUAUUACAUGUAAUAAAUUCACGUAUAAUUUUACACUCCAUUUUUUUCAUUCAUCGCAGAAUAAUAUACACUUCGCAGAAUGUACAAAAGUACAAUUCGUUUUAUGCCGUGAAAUAGAACGGGCGUAAGAAAACGUGUGAGAGACAAGAAUACUUGUAUUUAGUAUGUUAACAAAUGAUUAUAUUGGAUACACUGAAUGAUAGCUCAAGAAUAAAAACUGUACAUUUAUUACGAAAACGAA